AACUUCCAGAAGUUGGUCCCACGAUUAGCACCCAAAGCAACGCAUUGGGCACACGGCAGAAGGCAGCUUCUAACGUUAUUUUCAUGGAGCCUUAGCUACUCCCUCUUGCAAACUUAAAAACCAUGUCAAAAAAUGCUACAGUUUCAACUUUAUUGAAGCAAAAUGCGGAAUUGUAGAUAUGGAAGCUUUUGCUGAAAACUACCAAUUCAGCCCAUGAGCGUCGAGCUUCCAACCAGACCGGAGAGCGCUUUGACACGAGUUAACUUUUCAAAUUUAUGGGGAAGUAUGUUGAAAGUAAACUCUUGACAAUUCUAAACUCUUUUGUCUUUGAAUUAUAUACUUCUUGCAGUCUAUACCAGAGCUUCUAUAUAUUUUUUUUCAAAUUGCAUGGAGUGGGCAUUAAUUUGUGUGAGAACAGGGGAGGAAUGGAAUCGAAAUAUUUGGAGGAACUUGUUUCCUUUGACAAUUCAAAGAGUUGACUGUUCGGGAAAUUCUCUCUCUUCAGGUAGAUUAAUUACACGGUUUCUUUCCACCAAGCCAAUUCAACUUUUAUGGCCCCGCCCCCAUUAAUUACUUCCAUUGCUUCUUGAAAGUUCUUGUUCUAUUUAAUACAAUAUAUUUUGUUUUUAAAGAGUUUAACCUGUGUAUGUAUUUCAAUUUUAUAUGUUUGAAAAAAAAAACAAAAAAAACUAAUAUCCCUCAUCCUCAAGUCAAUCUCAUAUGUUCUACACCACAUAUAUGGAGGAUGGAAUGGAAUGAACUGCUAACUAAAAGUUUCAGAAAAUUGCUUUAUAGCCCAAUGGAUUUAACAAAAAAGAUGGGCACCUUCGCUUUAAUUACUAUCUUCUUUAGCCUUCUACAACCAUCGUUAUCCAAUCUUAACAGCAUCAAUUCUACUACGAUAGAAAGGAUUCAUGUCGGGGUGAUUCUUGAUAUGAAAUCCUGGGUGGGAAAAAUUGUUGAUAGCUGCAUUUCCAUGGCUAUAUCUGAUUUUUACAGUCUAAAUAGUCGCUAUGAGACAAGACUAAUUCUGCACACCAGAGAUUCUGAGGGUGAUCCGUUGCUUGUUCUAUCCCAAGCCUUGGUUCUCUUGGAAAAUGUCAAAUUGCAGGCCAUUAUUAUUGCAGAAAAUUCAGAUGGAGUGAAGAUUUUAGCAGAGUUGGGAUCCAGAGCAAAAAUUCCAAUUAUUUCUCUCUUCACAGCUGGGCCACCCCUGUCGUUUUCUGAGUAUCCUUAUUUAAUUAAAAUUGGUCAAGAUGAAUCCUCUCAAGCCAAAGGCAUUGUUACCAUUGUUGAAGCUUUCAGUUGGAAAAAUAUAAUCCUCAUUUAUGAAGAUAAUGAUUCUGCAAGAGGAAUCCUUUGUAAAGUGAUCACUUCCCUUGAAGGGACUGACGUUCGUCUUGCCCAGCAUAUUGCAAUUUUAGCAUCAACCACUGAUGAAGAAAUCAUUGAGCAGCUCAAGAAGCUCAUGAGUUUGCAGACAACUAUAUAUGUGGUGCACAUGUCACCCUCUCUUGCAUCUCGCCUUUUCUUAAAUGCCAAACAGCUUGGAAUGAUAAGUCAAGGGUAUGCUUGGAUUACAACUGAUAUGAUUAUGAAUUUCUUGCAUUCAAUAGAACCAUCAGUCAUUGAAUCAAUGCAAGGGGUGGUGGGUUUCAGACCUUACAUUCCUGUAUCAAAGGCGCUUCACAAAUUCACUUUAAGAUGGAGGAGGGAAAAUUUUGUUGAAACUCAAAAUUUACAGGAAAUGGAACUAAAUAUCUAUGGUAUAUGGACCUAUGAUAUGGUUUGGGCUCUGGCAACAGCAGCAGAGAGGGUAAAGACUGGGCAUCCUGAUAUCAUACACCAAGACACCAGAUGGAAUAUGAACUUCACCGCCAUCCUUUCCUCACAAAGUGGUUCGGUAUUUAUUAAUGAGAUACUACAGAGUAGAUUCAAGGGUAUGAGUGGUGGCUUUCAACUUACUAAUGGCAGACUGGUCCCAAAGGAAUUUGAAAUAGUAAAUGUAUUCAAGGGAGAAAGAAUAGUUGGUUACUGGGAUCCAGAAAAUGGAAUUACCCCAAUAACGAAGCAAGACAACCGGGAUGAGUUAAAUUCGACAUCAUCUAGUAAACUUGAAACUGUUAUUUGGCCAGGAGGAAGGAAGAGCAUUCCAAAAGGUUGGUCUCUAUAUGGUAAGAGGUUGAGGAUUGGGGUUCCGAUCAAAAAUGGAUUCAGCGAAUUGAUUAAUGUGAUUGUUGAUCCCCAAACAAAUGAAACAACUGUAAGUGGCUUCUGUUCAGAGGUGUUUAAGGCAGCCAUUGAAACCUUAGAUUAUGAAGUAAACUAUGAGUUUAUCCCAUUUGUAAAUGCCAGGGGACAAAUGGCUGGAUCUUACAAUGAUCUUAUCCGUCAGGUUUAUCUCAAGAAUUACGAUGCUGUUGUGGGAGAUACAACAAUCAUAGCCAGCAGAUUUUCAUAUGUUGAUUUUACAUUGCCAUACACUGACUUGGGCAUUGGAAUGGUAGCGCCAAAAGCCAGCAAAAACGAUAUGUGGAUUUUCCUGAAGCCUCUUUCCGGAGAUCUGUGGAUAACAACAGCUGCUUUCUUUAUUUUCACUGGCUUUGUAGUUUGGCUUAUUGAACGACCCAUCAAUGAUGAAUUCCAAGGCUCACCAUUGAAGCAAGUUGGAAUGAUCUUUUGGUACUCCUUCUCAACUCUUGUAUAUGCCCAUAAAGAGAAUCUCUUGAGCAACUUGUCAAAGUUUGUAGUGAUAAUAUGGGUGUUUGUUGUGUUUAUAUUAACCUCAAGCUACACGGCAACUUUGGCUUCCAUGCUAACAGUUCAACGAAUUCAAUUGAUCUCAAGAGAGGAUUAUGUAGGUUAUCAUUCCGGUUCUUUGUUCCCAAGGGCAAUUAGCAACUUAAAUUUUGAAAAUCCCAGGCUAAAGCCAUACCAUUCUCCAGAAGAAUAUGCCAAUGCUUUAAGAAGGGGAAGUAAGAAUGGUGGUGUGUCAGGCAUUAUCGAUGAAAUACCGUACAUUAAAGUAUUCCUUGCCAAGUACUCUGCUGAUUACACCAUGAUCAAAUCCAAUUCUACAUCAGGCGGUUUUGGCUUUGUUUUCCCUAAAGGUUCACCCAUGGUCCAAGACAUAUCAAGUGCAAUUGUGAAGUUAAGAGAGGAAGGAAAGCUGCAGAUUAUGGAAAAUGCAUGGUUUAACAGUGAGUCAAGCUCUUCAAACCAGGACUCUAUAAGUAAUCCCAGCAGUCUAAACCUUGAUAGCUUUGGGGGUUUGUUUCUUGUAACUGGGAUCUCUUCAACUUCAGCUCUACUGAUAUGGCUAUAUCAAAAACGUCAAUCCAUGACAAUCAGCAACUUCAAAUUCUACCUAAACAGUGGCUUAGAGUCUGCAAAAUGGGUACUUCAAUUAAUUUUUAGAAAAAGAAAUUUUAUGACACAACUAAAUUUUUUAUCAGCAUGCUAUUAAUUACAAAUUGCUAGUUUUUCUACUCUUUAUGCUGUGUUUGUAAGCCCUGAAAUUUAAUGAUGGUAGGGACGUGACUGCAUUCAAUAUAAUUUUUUUUUUAUUUUUCAAAUUUAUUGUUUGUUUUUAUACGUAAAACCACUUUUUAAUUACUUGUUUAUAAGUGUCUUAAAAUGAUAAAUUUUUUUGUAAUGUUAUAUAUGCAUGCUUAUU